UGUACCGCGGCGCUGUAUAAACCGCCUGCUCCAAAAAUCCUGAAUACAUUUCAAUUUUGCUAUUAGCAUUCGCUACGCGCGGUUCGCCCUAGGCCGUCCAACGCACGCCACUGACACAUUUCUGCGGUUACGCGCGUUUAUUGAAUUUAGAACAGUUUUAUUUUUUUUAAUCGGUGCAAUAAACACUGUGACUCACGUGCUCUAGGAUCUUUGGGUUUUCACGGAAGACGUUUACUUGGAAUGAUGAAGAUGCUUAUUAAAAGGCGCAGUGAUCCGUCGUUGAUUACUGUAUGGAUAUUUUUAUUACAAAUGUUGGGUAGUGUUCACCGUGGAGCUGAAGGCCACGGGAGGCUGAUGGACCCUCCCGCAAGAAAUUCCAUGUGGCGAUUCGGUUUCCCGAAUCCUGUCAACUAUAACGACAACGAAUUAUUCUGCGGAGGAUAUGCAGUCCAGUGGGAACAGAACCAGGGGAGAUGCGGCGUGUGCGGCGACGCGGACCACAUCACAGAGCCGCGGCCACACGAGGCUGGCGGGAUGUAUGGCAAGGGGAUUAUUACACGACACUAUAGCGUUGGACAGGAAAUUGAAGUAGAAAUCGAGCUGACAGCUAAUCAUCUUGGCACGUUUGUUAUGAAAUUGUGCCCCAACAACAACCCUAAGCAAGAAGCUACACAGGAAUGUUUUGACAGAUAUCCCCUGUUCGUGUCAGGCACACGAGAAGAUAGGUUCCUCAUUCCUCUGGAUACGGCAAAGAAAGAGGUGUUCAGAUAUAGAGUUCGAUUACCAGCCUAUAUUACGUGCACACAAUGCGUGCUUCAAUGGACAUACUACACAGGCAAUAUGUGGGGUAUAUGUCCUAACGGUACAGAAGCGGUAGGAUGUGGUCGUUCUGAAACAUUCAGGAACUGUGCUGAUAUCAGCAUUAUUACCAGCACGGGUGGCCUACCCCCAGCAUUUGCCGGAGACCUGCGAAGAGACAAUCCGUAUUUGUUGUACUACAGGGAUUUCAGUAUGCCACAGAACCUCUAUCCUCUUGUCGUCAGCCAAUACAAAAGUUUGUACAAGGAAAAAUUGCAAGACGUUAGCAAUGAUAUUUCUGACCUAGAAGGAGAUCUAGGUCCACCUAUAAUAAUUAGAGACCAAGUGUGCCUGCCCUCAGAUGGUUUCCGUAUGCUGCCAGGAAUGCAGAACUGGUGUCAAACCAAUUGCCUUCGAUACCCCCCAAAUUGCCCCGAUGCUUUAUGUCAUUGCCCGCAAGUUUGUGAAUCCAUCGGCGAAUGGGAAGGGCGAGACGGGGCUGAUGUGUACUGCAUGGACUUAUGUAUCGUGUACCCACCCCGUUGUCCAAGGGACAAGUGCCUUUGUUACUAGAACCAUUAUGAGCAUCAAAGGUGAUAACAACAGAACAGCUGCUAUCUUAUCUCUUAACUUAUACAUAAAAUGUUUAUUACAUCUUUGAAUAGAAAAAAAUAGUCUUCCAAAGCAAUGAAUAAUGUAAAUAAUCUAAAUAUCACCUUUGAUGUGAUCUUUAUUAAACAUAUAUAUCAAUUUAUAAAAACUGCCCAAGGCUGAAAUUAAUAGAUAGGACUAAAUUCAAACCCAUAAAUUACACAGAGCAAUGUCGGACCUAUGUUUAGCGUCUCCAUAGAGCAAAGUUUUAUAAGCAGCAUCAUAAAUAGUUUCGCCUAAACUCUUUGGUAAUAAAUACAACUAUUAAUGUAAGUCAAAUCUAAUAAAACCUUACUUCAACUAUUUAUAUAUUUAUAGAAAAUCUUCAGAAGAUGGAGUAGAAACUAAGGUGAAUUCAUUAUAUCAUAAUAUUGAUAUAUAGGUAUAAAAUGCA